AAAACAUAUGUCUGUGUUUUUUUCUUGUAAAUGUGUAGAUCAACAAUUUAUAAUAAUAUCAUGUAUAUAAUUGGAUGCUUUGUCUAUAUGUUAUAUCUUAUAUACGGACUUUUUUCAAAUUCAUUAAACAUAAUUGAAAACGUUUUUUAUUUAAAAUUAUCAUUAUCCCAUGAUGGCGGAUUGUUGAUUGAUUAAUAUUUUGGACGGAAUAUUAAAAUUUUAUGUUCACAACACAUACCUAGAAAUAGAUUCCGUAACAGUUAUUUUAAAAUGUGAAUCAUUUAAAAUAAUAAUAAUAAAAUAGUAUUUAUUUGAUCAUUAUACAAUAUAACUACUAAUACAAUUCUACUAUCAAUCCAUGUUAAGUAAAAAUACAAGGCCGUCAUCUGCAGUUUCACACAAGGUUUGUGGCAUUUUACACUAAAUGUUUUGUUCUUUAGUAUUUUUAUUUUUCUUGUUUGUACUUUAUUUAUUUUUAAAUUAUUUUAUGUCAUAGUAAGAAUUAUGGCUAAAUGGUUGGAUUCGGGUGAUCUAGUUCCAUAUGAUGACCAGGUCGGUGGUCAUAAAUUUACCAAAGAAAAACCAUUACUAGGUUUGUAUGAUUUUAAAUCAUUUUUCUUCAUUAUGAAAAACUUUAUAUUUGAUUUUUUACUUAGGUUUAUUGAAACACAAAGAAGGCUAUAUAUUGAAAUCAGUUGAAGGUGGUACAAAAGGAAAGAAUGAAGUAAGGUUUUACGAAGAGCUGAAAAAUGAUGAAAGCCUUUCAAGUCUUAGAGAACUGGUUCCAUCAUAUUUUGGAACUGUCACUAUAAAAAUUAAUUCAAAAGGUUAGUAUAUUAAUUUUUAAUAUUUAAAUUUAUGUAUUCACUGCACCUAAAAAGUAAAUACAUAACAUUUUUUAAACAUAUUUAAUGAAUUUGACCUAAAUUAUUUUAUAUUAAUAUUAACAAUUAAUAAUGCAAUGAUGUAAUAAUAAUACAUUUUUUAUAACUACAUCAAAUAACUUCUGUAUCAGAAAAGGUACAAGGAAUUAGAAUUAGUUAUAAUAGUUCAAACUUACAAAAUAUAAUUUUGUGAAAUUCUGUGUUAUACAUUUGUUUUCUUAUUUAGAGAAUUCCACACCGACAUCUAUUCUCAGUCAAACUACCGAGCAACAUGCAAAAACAAUGCUUACACAGACUAUGUAAAACUAACUUAAUUUUGAUUUUAGAGUAAAAGUACCUAUUAUAAAUUUUAUAGAGAAGAAUAUUUUGGUGGGAGCCCCAUCAGGUUUUAUAUUAUUCUAAAUUUACAGCUCGAUAUAAAAGGCACAAAAACCUUUUCAUUUUUUUUUUAAAUAACUUACUUUUUUUAAUGGUUCACAAGUCAAAAACACCUAUAAGAUUCUGUACAAAAUAUUAUUUUCUUUAAUUUCAUGAUAAGUACUUUACUAACAGCUUGGUCUGCGUAAGCAUUGUUUUUGCAUGUUGCCCAGUAGUUAGACUGAGACAGUAGAUUCAAGCGUGCUGUUUUCUUAAAUAAAAUCUACUAUAUUUUAUAAUCGAUGAUAAAUGGUUAAUAUAUUAAUGUAUACCAUCAAUCAAUUGAAAUAAUUGUAGCUGUAAUACAAUCUGGAGUUCAGAAUAAUGCUUGAAACUCUUACUAGAUUUUACUAUCUAUUUAAUUAGUACUUUUGUUUUACAUUUUUGACCAAAAUUUGAAUAAAUAUGAUAUACUAAAGUUCAAAUAAUUAUUAAUGUUUUAGUUAAAAUAAUUGUAUACCAAUUCAAAAAUCAUUAAUAAUAAUUAUAAUUCAUGAGUACCAAUUAUUAUUGAAGAUGAUUAAGUGUGUAUAAAAAUUAUAUUUGUUUUAUUUUAUAGAUAUGACAUUUAUAGUUUUGGAUGAUAUUACCAGAAGUAUGAAAAAACCAUGUGUGAUGGAUGUAAAAAUUGGUUUACAAACAUGGGAACCAGGAUGUUCAGAAAAAAAGAAAAAGGAUGAAAAUGUAACUAAAUUUACUGAAUUUACCUGUUAGUUAAAAUAAUUAAAAAAGCAUUUUUAGCAAAAAUAAUUUUUAAAUCAAUCUAAUCAUGGUAGCAUAAAAUCUAGUCUGUAAAUUUAUUAUAUGCGCCUGUUACUAUAAGCAUCUGUAAAAUUAAAAUGGUUAUAAUAUGUUACAAUUUUGCAUAAAACAAUUUUUUAAAUUGUUUUGGAUAACUUAAACCUCCAUAUAUUUGUUAAUAAUUUAAACCAAUGGUUUCCAAUCUAUGUACUUCAAGUCUGUACAAUGUCGCUGCAUCACUAUUUUGAAUAUUUAUUGGUUUAGAAAUAAAUUUAGAACUAGCGUUCUUUUUAGGUUUUAUUAAAAAAAAAUUUUUUUUCGGUUAGUAAAAAUGCUAUAAGUAAAGGUGCCUUCACAGCUUGCCAUGAAAUAUUCUAGGACUGUGAUUGGUUUAACCAUGUGGUUAUUAUGAAUUGAUUAAACAGUAUCAAAUAUCAUUUUUGAUUUUAAUACCAUCCCAAUACCACUUAUAUUGGAUAGUUAGGUUUAAUCCUAGUCAGCCCAUGAUAAUUUAUGAUAAUUUACAGGUCUAUAAAUACUAUAGAGCGUUUUAACAGCACUCAAUGUUGUGUUGUUUAUAGAUUUUUAAUUGCACUAAUGGUUUUGUAAGUUAAAAAAUGUCUAUGCAACCCACCUUGAAGUUAACAUUAUUUAGGUAACAUGAUAUACUGAACAAUCUCUGGGUAUAUAACUAUUUUUUCCUCUCAAAAUGGUUCUUUACAAUUCUGCUAAUAAAAAAAUGAUUUUAUGGUAUAGUUAAAUUAUUUAUGCUCAGUAAUUUUAAUGCUUAGUAGUUAGUCCCCAAAUAAAUAAAUUAUUAUUUCAGUUAAUUUUUUAAAUAUAUAUAGAAAUUAUUUAAUAUGACCUCAAAAAUAAUGGUAAAACUAAUAUUUUUAAUCUUAUGAGUAAUUAUUUGUAAAAUAAUAUCAGUCAUAUUUGCUACAAUUUAAAAAAUGAAUUUUGUUAAAUAGUCAUAUUGGAUGAUUUUCAUUAUAUAUUCUAACUAUUUUUAUAGAUAGAAUAAUUAAAUUGUACAGACAGUUUCUACAAAUAUUAUUCAGUAUUAUAAAUUUCAUUUUAAUAAAUACUAUUAUUAUUAAUAGUUAGUAUACAUGAAUAUUUUUAUAAUUGAAAAUAUAUUUGAAUUACUUUACUUGAAUUUAUAUUAGUGUAUAAGUUUUCCAAUGUUAGUUAUUUUAUUACUAAAAAUUAUUGAUAUUAUAUAAUUAUUAAAUGUUUGUGACACACAAUAGUACAAUUCCUUUUCCCAAGUAAACAUUUACAAAUAUAUUAUGCAAAAGUUCCAGCCAUGUUUGUCAGAAAUUAUUUUUGCAAAUAUUAUUGUGUAUUUUUUCAUAAUCAUAAUGUUACUAAAUUACAAAAAUUACUAUAUUUAUUCAAACUAUUUCAGCUUUUAAAUUUUAAAAAAUUGAUAUUUUUUGAUUUACUAAAUAAAACAACUUAUAAAUUGGAAAUUUUAAUUAAACAGUGAUAGAAAAUGUAAUACUUGUUUUCAGAUUAUGAAAACCCUUCUCAGCUCCUUUAAUCAGUACAUUAAAUGUAUAUAAUUUAUAUGUUGUUAAAUAUUGAACAAAUCACCAUUUACAUAAAGACAAUCUCAUUGAAAUUUUUAAAUUAAAAUCAUAAGUUUUCAUUUGAAAAUCAAACAUUUGGCGGCAAAACAUUUUUAGAUGAACCAAUUAUGAAAAAAAAAAAACAUACAAUAAUAAUUUGCAGAUAAUUAUCAAAAAUUAGAUGGCUCAGUUAUUGAUUGGGAUGAACAUGGAUGAAAACAACAUAUUUAUUUAUAACAAUGUUAUAAAUUUAUUAUGACAUCCAUUAAAGAAACAUUUAAGUAUUAAUAUGAUUAAUGUAUAAACUGUCUGUAUAAAUUAUUUUCAAUGAAUUAUGUUAUUAAGACUAGACAAAGUAUUUUUUAUAAUUUCAUAGAAUUUAUAAUUAUGUAUAUUAUUUUCUAUAAUAAUGUUGUAAUCAGUAUUAAGUAUAUUAUAUUUGUAUUAUAUUAUUUAUUUAACUAAAAUCCUAUCAUAUGCUAGAGUUUUUCAAUAAGCACACAGUUCACUGUUUCUAUAUUCUUUAUUUUUUUUUUAACUACUUAAUUUUUUCUGUUUCUUCUUUCGGACAUCUUUAAUUAAAUACCUUUCUUUUUUUUGUUUUACUUUCAAUUUAAGUUGACUAAAGCUUAAUCUUUAUAGCUUCUUUAUAUUCUGCUGUCCCAUUUAACCUUUUCGAUAUAAUCACCUAUGUAUUAUGUUAUACAAGGUUAUUUAAAAUUAAUGUUUCAUCAGAUUUCAAAUAUUUAUUAUAAUCUGUAUUUUAUUAAACAAUAUUAAUUAAUAGAUGGGAAUCCCAACUUAUAUAAUAACAUUAAUUAAUUAAAUUGGCAUUAUCAUUUAUGGUGAUGAGAUACAUAUAUGUCUACCAAACAAAAAUUUGUCAUUGUAGUAAUGUGAUUGUUGCACCAAUUGCUCAGAGCAUCCGUUGACAGUAUAUGUAGCCUGAAGAAACUGGGUGUUUAUGCAAAGGUUAAAGUAUAAGGCAACCUCAGGUAUCCAGGGAUAAUGAGGAAAGUAUUAGAAAGAGUUUUCAACUCAGUCCUAUUAUAUGUUGAUCAGGUGACCAAGGGAACACUUGGAACAUUUACUUAGAACAUUUUUUGAUAUCAUAAACUAAUUCCAAAUAUUAAUGAUAUAUUUAAUAGAUCAUAUAGGUAUUACUGUAAACCUAAAAACUAAAAAAUAUUCAAACAUUUGAAAUUGAAUGAAUUAUAUUGGAUAACUUUGUAUAUUCUUAAGAUUAUUAUCUUAAUACCUUUUCUUUAGAACUAUAUGCUUUAUAAUGUUUAUAUAGGUUUUAUUCUGUAGGCCAGUUAUUCAUUUUAUUUAUGUUAUAUGUUUAUUUCUUGAUUAUAUUGUUAGUAAUUUACAUUUAAAUAGAUUAGUUACUAGUAUACAUAACUUGUAAAGCUGAGUUUUUGAUAUACUACUUGGUUAUUUAUUUAUUCAAUUUCUUAAGAGGUCAUCAUAGUAAAAUUCUUCAUCUCUGUCUUUCAUGUGUUUCCAUAAAACAAACUGAAUGGCCCUUAAAAUCAGUUUUAGAAAAAAAUAUUUAAAUUAUGUAAUUUGUAAAUCACUACACUUUGAAAUAAUAAUUUAUUUAUAAAAUAUAAUUUAUUGUACAUUUAAUAAUGAGUUGAAUAUUUAGAAAAUUGUUCAAUGAUAAUAAAAUAUGUAUGAUAGGAGUAUUUUAUCACUAAACCUUACUUUAACAGCUUUUUAGCUUGUUUUACGUGAAUAAAUUAUUGCUGUGUUACCCCUUAAAAGAAUGGUAAAUACUAUUGUGUCUAUGACGUAUAGAUAAGUUUCUAAAUUACUGCUUAAAUAGUAAUUAUCUAUCUAGAUUAAAAUUUGUAUUGUUUUAUUUCACUGAUCCGUGCUCCAAUUUAUCAUAAUAAUUUUUAUAAUUCGUCAAGUUUUUAAAUUAUUACAUUUAAAGCUAGUAAAAUAUUCUUAUUAGUAACCAUUUUCUUAGGUACUGAUUGCUUCAACAUUUAAAUUAAUUUAAACUUAAUUUCAUCAUUGUAUCUAUAAUAGAUGUAUUAAAUUAUCUGUUUAUUUUAGUGAUGGUUGUGUCUUUGUUACUGACUAUAGAACAAGUAGAAUUAUGCUCUGCAGAGCCCUAGGACUCAGUGUGAAGUGAAGGUAACCUAGGGACUCUGUGGACAUUAAUGUAAAUUCAUAUUUUUUUCUUCAUUGAUUAUUACUCUACUACUAUUUGAUUGAUAAAUAAGGCUUACUGAUGAAAUUUGGCUAUUUGGCAGACAUUUUCACUAAAUUAAAUAAAUUAAAUAAUUUAUAAAUAUAACUAAGUACAAAAUAACCAUUAACAACAGUUUUCAAGUCAAAUAACAAAAUUAGAGGUAUAAAAAAAAAAAAAAUCAGUCAUUAGAAAUAUUAAAAGAAUUAAGCCAUCAGGAUUGGCAUUCCUUAGUGCUCCAUAGUUUUUUAUAAGUUACAAUAGGGCUCUGCCAAGUUUGAGAACCACUGUUAUAGAAUAUUGAUGAUAACAUUAAAAAAAUUAAAAAUAAAAUUGUACAAAAUUAUUGUUAUUAACAGUCUCAAUUAUAAUAUAAUAUAAUGUAAUAUGAUGUGUAUUAUGUAUUUAAAUAUGAUUUUUAGUAUUUAAAUUUAUAAAAAUAGAUUUACAUGUAUGCAUGUAUUAUUCAUUGUUAUAUCAUAUACAUAAUAUAUAGUCCAACAGCUAUUAUUACACAAUAAUAUCAAUGAAGGCUACUUUAAAUAAUCUGACAUGAUGUUAUUCAAUAAUUAUACAAAAUUGUUUUUUUCAGGCUAAAUAUAAAGAAUGUAAAGAGGAAUGGAAUUUUUGUAUACCAGGUUUUCAAGUGUAUGAUUUACUAAAUUCUACUUUAGAACAUCCACGGAAAUAUGAUAAAGAAUUUGGCAAAAGUUUAGAUCCAGGAAAAGUUAUCUCUGGUAUCAUCUUAUAUAGACAAAAUGUAAAUAAUAAUUUGAUUUAAUAUUAAUACUGCAAAAAAUUUAAUAUUUCAGUGUUCAAGACAUUUCUAAACUUUAACAGUGGAUAUUUAGGUCUAGAAAAAUUAGUCCAAAGUUUUACUGCUCAGUUGGAUCUUAUAAGACGAUACUUCCAAACUCAAAAUCAUUACCAUUUUUAUUCUAGUUCAGUGUUAUUAGCAUAUGAUGCAGCAACAUUAACAAAUGAUCAAGACUCUUAUCCUUUAAUAAGAAUAUCAUUAAUAGAUUUUGCACACGUAACUGCAGCUAAUGGCCAAGUUGAUCUAAACUAUUUACAAGGUAUUACUAAUUUAUGGACAUUGUUCCGGACACAAUUGUUGCAAAAAAACAAUUAAUUUGAAUCUCUUCAAUUUGUUGAUGUCCAUUACUUAUGAAAUGAAUUUUUUUUCAGUUUUUAUGUUUAAUGUAACUUACCAUAUUUACAUCAUUAUUAUUAUUAUUAUUAAUAUUUUGUAUCAAUUUUGUUAAUAACCAGAAAGAUGAAUGGAUCAUACUUAAUUUUCCAUCAAACAUCUAAAAUCAUAAAAAUAGUUUAGAUUUACACCAUUAAAUAAUUUUUAUUUAAUACAUUUAUUUAAGUAAUUAGGUUUUUUUAAGAAUUUUGUAAAUAUUUAAGUUUUGGACAAUUGAAUUCAAUUUAUUUUGAUAGCAACAUUAAUUUAUUCUAUCAAAAAUUAAUUACUGAAUUAUAAUGGUUAGUGUUAUUGUGUUAUUUUGAAUUAAAUUAAAUUUUUUUAAUCUGUGAUUUUAUAGCCAAUUUUAAACAUUCAUAACAAUAAUAAUAAUAAUUAACAUAAGAAUUAAAACCAAAUAUUUUGUUGUAAAUAAGGUUAUAUAAUAAUUUAUUGUAUAUAACGAUUUCAACAUUUUAUUUUGUGAUUUAUAAUUGUAUGUGUUCAAGAUUUAUUUUUGUUUGUUUUGAUUUUAAAGUAUAUAUUAUUUUAACUUAAAAAAUAUAUGGAC